AUGUCACAAGAAGGCGCGGAAAUUUUUCAAACAAUUUGUAAAUUGCAAGAACCCAUACCACAAUAUGUGUUGGGUCUCAUCCCUGUUGUUACAACAUUAGGGACAUCACCAUUUGGAUCUUUGAUACAUAAACUGUCUUGGAUUUUUAGAUGUCUUGGUUGUCCUUUCACAGCUCUGUUUUACUACUUGAAUAUAAAAGAUGACCCAGUGGAAAUGUGCAUAUACUGGCUCCCGGCAAAAUCUUUUAUUACAACAGAUAAAAAAAUACUUGACUUUCGACCAGUCGGCCUUCACGUUAAAGAUAUGCUAAUUACUUCAACGCAAAAAAAGAUUAUCGAGAAUUGUACGGCAACAGCAUCUGUGUCGGAUCGAUUGUCCUCGUUAGCAUCAGCAUAUUAUAUAACUGUUGGAAUUAUUGCGGGAAUUUCCGGGGUGGUAGGACCAUGUACUCUUGAAGAUUGGCCCUUUUUAACUUUGUUAUUUCUUUGGACUUUUGGGGUGAUUAUGAAGCGAACUCUUGGAACAGGAAUAGUUGUAGUCAAGGACCCUGAAAUAGAGUUAGAGGGUCGUUUAAUAAGAGUGUUAGAAGAGAAUGAAGACAUAAAGGCUAUACAAAACGAAUUCACCGAACGGGGUGAAGAGUUCACAAUAAGACGAUUUGACAAAAACCCUUUACAUAUAAAGUUUAUGUUUACAUUUACCGCUUUAUCCUCAAUGGCAUUGCCUUGGGUAUCAGUAGGCAUGGCCUACUACACUCCUCCAAUCGGAUUUUUUUGUAGAUCCAAAUUUCUUGCG